UGACUUUGUUAAGCCAGGGGUCAAGUUACAACAGGAAAAAGCAAACACCUGCCAUCAACCAAACAACUGUACCCACCAAUGACGACGAUGCCAAGCAGUACAAGUACAACGAGCCUACAAGCAGUCUCAAUCGAUCCAUCAAGAUUGAAAAAUGCUUUCGAUAUCCUCAACCAGAUCGAUUGUCUCCAACAGAACGACAUCAGGACUGCUCCAAAUAGUCAAAGCAUUACCAGCUCACCCAAAAAAAAUAUUAGUAGCUCCUCGAAUAGCCGAAUAAUUUCAACGCCAGCGCUAGAAGCGAUCCGAUCAUCGCGAAUAAACGGGCGAAGCAAAUCGAGUAGCAGCAAACGAGUGAAGACUGAACUGCGAACAAAGCUGAAUCCUCAAGGAAAAGUGAAUCCGGGCUCGCAGAUAGACUUCCUAGGACGACUGGAGACAUUCAAAUUAUCUAGCUAUCCGGCCGGCAAGCCGCGUGGGUUAUCUCCACCGAGUAUGGCCGCUCACGGCUGGACGAACGCGCAAAAGAAUCGACUGAAGUGCGUUUGUUGUGGAGCCACCUGGGUCCUUGCGACUCCCUCGAAGGGCGAUUGGGGCUCCUCCAGCGGCGCCCAACUAGUCACCUUGGGAAUCCGGAUGAGGACUGAACAACAUCGCAGCUCGUGUCCAUGGAGGAGCAGGAGCUGUCCUCCUUCCAUCUAUCACACCCCCCGCUGGAAGAGCAGUCGGGAAACUUUCGAGGCUCUUAUAAAGGUGGCAGUCGAGAUCUCCGACGCCUUAUUUUCCAACGCACGCACGGUCUUCCAGGUCCAACAUAAUCUCCCCGAUCGGGUCGUCACUACUCUUUCGAUUGCUCUCCAAACUGAAAACUCAUCCGGCUCGACACUCCCCUCUCGCAGCUGCCCGACCACCGACGCCUUGAUCUUGGCUCUCUUCGGCUGGUCUAUCAAACGAGUCCCGGCAGGGAGACGCGACUCCUCCCAGUCCAUGGCCGCCCUGCCGUCUAUUCAGGGGUCCAACCCAGCCUCAGGCCGGUCCACCACCUUACCCGAGUCCGACGACCUGCCCAGUCUACAUUGCAGACUGUGCCAUCGCCAAGCACUCCCGUCUCCCACAUCGACCAAAGCCUUCAACCCGGUCCACGAGCACCGCGAGUACUGUCCGUUCAUCGAUCCACACGCUGGCUUUGACCCCCCUCAAGGACCGUCGGCUGCAGCCGACUCGCGACCCGGAUGGCACGCCCGCCUCGAAGCUAUCCAGAACGUCCUCGACCGUCAGAACUUCUCCAUCUGCCCAUCCUCCUCCUCCUCCGACAGCCCCCAUCCUCUCCCUAACCAGUCUUACGUGACCCUCGAAAAUAUCGCCCGUCACUUCAACACCCGCCCCCCUGUCACACCCUCCGAUCAUCCGCUGGGAUCGGAGAAUACUCAUACCCCGGUGAAUCCAUCACGCGAUUCUUGCCCACAGAUCAACCUGUUAAACUUCGUCAAAGAAGUCUUGGUCGGCCCUCCAUCUCAACUUCUCUCAUCGGUUUAAUGAAAAUGGCCCUGUAUUCUGUUUACAUUCCAUAUUGUUGCCAUUUGUUGUGAUAUCUUGUGAAUUAGUCAUUUAUGGGAAAGAAAGGACAAGAAACAGAUACUUGCUCUGAGAUAUGCAUUUCAUCACUUGGGGCAAAGACAACAUG